AGUCCUUCACAGACAUAGCACAAAAUCACAUGUUGAAUUCAUCUGCCUGCCUUUAUCACUUGCUAUGAAAAAACAGAUGUUGGAUGUCUCCUGUAAGCGUAGGGUGUCUGUUCUUCAUUUGGUUAAUCUAUUCCUUUCCAUUUCAGUGUGACCAGUAGUUAAUUACAUGCUAGCAUGUCCUGUAGUAUUGUAUUUCUUUUCCUAUAAGCUUAAUUGCCCCAAAGUGUACAACCGUGUGGGUACAGAGGCAGAACUCUUUCUGUGAUGUGCUCCACCAGAACUGGGUUGAAGCCCCAAGUAAGAAAUCCUAUAACGGAAGACUUCCUGGCAACGUAUCAUGCCAACUAUGGCUUCCAUGCAGAUGAUACAGACAGUUCAUCUGCUGGCACAGCAACCGAAAGUAAGCAGCCAGUAAGUUCUAAGACAUCAGGAACACAACCAUCAGCAAAUGAGAAAGGACCACAACAAACAGAUCCAAAACAAAAAGCAGAAAAACGGAAACUUGAGCCAGGAUGGUUUCAUGUUGAAGAAGACAGAAACACAAAUGUUUAUGUGACUGGUUUACCUCCAGACAUUACAAAAGAUGAAUUUAUACAAGUCAUGUCAAAAUGUGGUAUCAUUAUGCGAGAUCCUCAGACAGAAGAACACAAAAUCAAACUUUACAAAGAUAAGGAAGGAAAUCUUAAAGGAGAUGGCCUCUGUUGCUAUCUAAAGAGAGAAUCAGUUCAACUUGCGUUGAGACUUCUGGAUGAGGCAGAAAUUAGAGGCUAUAAAUUGCACGUUGAAGUUGCAAAGUUUCAACUGAAGGGGGAGUAUGAUGCAAGCAAAAAGAAGAAGAAGUGUAAAGACUACAAGAAGAAGUUGUCUCAACAGCAGAAACAGCUGGAUUGGAGGCCUGAGAAGAAAGACGGCGCAACUCGAAUGCGACAUGAACGCAUCGUUAUUAUCAGGAAUAUGUUUCACCCAAAGGACUUUGAGGAGGAUCCCUUAGUGCUAAAUGAGAUCAGAGAAGAUCUGCGGACAGAAUGUGAAAAGUUUGGUCAAGUAAAGAAGGUUCUCAUAUUUGAUCGACACCCUGAUGGCGUGGCUUCUGUGUCAUUUAAAGAAGCAACAGAAGCUGAUCUGUGCAAGCUAACUCUAAAUGGAAGGUGGUUUGGUGGCCGUCAGCUCAGUGCUGAAACAUGGGAUGGUGUAACAGAUUAUCAGGUGGAGGAGACUGCAAGAGAAAGGGAAGAAAGGCUCAAGGUGUGGGGAUCAUUUUUAGAGGAUCCUGAUGCGAAGGAGCAGCAACCGACGUCUGAUUCGGAUUCUGCAACAAGUAGUGUUAAACUGCCUGAAGGCAGACAACCUUCAGAAGUUAAUGACACAUCUAAGGAUGUAAAUGAUGAAGCCCAUAAGAGGGAGAAUAAUGGUGAGGGCAUUAAUGAAGAUGGUGCUCCAUCUACAGACAGCAGCCUUGCAGGCAGUGAUGUUGAAGCAGAUACAUAACAUCUUUAAUGCUUUAUGAAAGCAUGGUUUUUAGGGUGAUGUUUGAGUUUAUCCCUUUCUUCAGGGUGACUGCAGACAAUGUUCAUAUGAAUAUACACAUAUUAGAAUGUCAUCAACUGUGUGCUUUGAAGUUUUCAUUAAAAGCAGUAUUUAAUGAGAUUCUAAAAGUUUGUAUUAAUUGGCUGUUCAGGUAAAGUAACUCAAGUUGCCAAGAAUGCAGAAAAAAAACUCAUCAGGCUUCUUCUAACUAUGCUUGUCAGUGUUUCAUUAUGUAAGCGUGAAAUAUGUUCCAACCCUUAAGUUCAUGUAACUAUAUGUAACUUAAGUAAUGCAAAGCUAUUACAAGAUUUGUGGAUUUUACUGUUAAUUUUCCUGUACCCCUUGGAACUUGGUAUCAUCCUUAAAAGUUAUUCUUACCCUGAGUACUUUGGAUUAUUUUAUGGAACAGAUGCUGUGAUACGUAUAGGGUUAGCGCAUUGGAUAUGUUGCUAUGCAUUAAGUAGCAAAUGAGGAGUACCAAGUUGCAAACUGAAAGGUUAAGUGGAAAACAAACAAGGUUGCCAUAGCCAACAUAGGGCAAACUGAGUGAAGAUAGAUUAUUAAAUCACAGCAUUCAGUAAAUUAUUUUUUUUUUUUCUUCCCCUGCUUAGAUCUUCUGUUGAGGCUGGAGUUAUGUCAAGGAGACUAGAAAGGCAUGAGCACACACGUUCUAGGCCAUAAUGAAAUAAGACUGAUUUAAACUCUCAUGGUCUGUAUGCAGUAGUAUGCAAAAUAGGCUUUUGAUUGAUGUGUUGGCUUUGAUUAGUUUUUGCUUUAAUAUUAGAGUAAAGGUUUUUAUUUAACUUUGUUAGAUGAUGAGUGUGAGUUCUCUUCAACAUUUUAGUUUAGCUUUACGUGCUCUUCAGAGUGAGGAGGAUCUCCCGUAUUUCAUAAAAUGUAAAGGCUUUUGGCAACUUGAACUACAGUUUGUUGUGCAAAAGUUAGAAUACUUGAAAAUAUGCUUUCAAAUAAUAUUCUUUUAUAUGAAAAAAAACAAAUGCUAGCCCUCUUAGAAAUGUUUCCAAAAGCAAAGAUUUGGAAGGCAUUCUAACUUUAGAUACCUUAAUAAGUGGCAGGCUUUCAAAAAUAGCUUUGGGGGAGGCAUUUUAGGCAUAGGCAUUCUUAAUUAUAAUCCCAUUAUUUUGAUACCUAAGGAUUGAAGACUAGGGAUUUAGGCACUAAACAAUUAAAAUAUUGUUGCUAAAUUCAUAACAUGUUGUUCAUAUGGAUGAUUACUAGUGCACAUUUGAAAGGAGGAUCUUUUGAAUUUUUUUAAUGCAUAUUGGAUUGCAAGAAACCAUCGAUGAUGCUAAUUACAUUUCCAUCCUGAAUAUUCCAUCCAGAAUACUCUGAAAUUGGGUAUUUUCAAACUUUGUGCUCUGAGAUUACCAUCUAUAUUUUUUCCAAAAGUCUGUAUGGUAAUCUAACUUCGUUUUGGUUUUUUUUCUUUUAAUAUGUAAUUGAUAUGUAUGGGUAGCUACGCCAACCAAAGCAUCUAAGUUAACACUUGCCACCGUGGUUAUAAUUUAUAUCUUUUUGUGACAAAAUAUCUGGUCUUACAACAGAGAUAAUUGUUGAAUUCAGGGUUUAAAAGUCUGGGGGCUCAUUGUAAGCUGGCAUGACAGAUUUCCAGUUUUGAGUUGCAUUAUAAAGAUGAACUGUAACUCUUGCCAGCUAAGACAGAGCAUUUUCUCAUCUUUACAAGUGUGCAAAUUGUACGUUUCAGCCAGAGAGGUGUUUGAACAGUUCGGGGAAUCUGAAAUACUGCCUGGUGUGUAGCUGCACGUAGUGGCAUAUUCAGAUUGUAUCUCUGGGUUGCGUUGGUUCUGCCUCAGUUAUUUUUAUUGGUAAUAAGCACCACAGACCUUUGAGAGCUGAAGGGUUUGGCAUAUGAAGAGUGUAAUUUAGCGUGGUGGGUAUUGCUUUCAGUGCUUCUUUUUCUCUUCCAGCUUCUAGACUCCAGGCUUUAGAUCUGUUAGAGUAUUGUGUUUUGUUAACUUUUUUUAAGAAAGCCUAGUCAUAUAACACUCUACACAGUUAAAUCACGUGGUUUACAGUGGAAUUGCAACUGAUAUAGGGAAACUAUUGACAAAUGUAUAAAUAUUGUACAGUUCUAUGAAGCCUUAUCAUGGUAUCAGAUAUAAAAAUAAGGUUAGUGUUAGUGUUUGAAAAAAGGCUUUGAAAAAUAAAGAAUCAUUAUAUGUGCAGUAACCUUCCUCUCUCCAAUUGAUGUACAAACUUGAUUGGCUUGCUUCAAAAGUCAAACACGAUGUUAGUCUUUUCACUUUUUCCUCUAGACUUCACACUGAAGUAGAGCGCCAACAAAGGCUGAGACCAAAUGCUUUCCUGGCUUUCCUAUUAACUAGGAUUCUUAAGAAAAUAAAAGCUGUUUUUUCCAUGAAAAUACGUUGUUCUGAAGUGCGGCAUUACACUCAAACUGGUGUUUUCCUUUUGUCUACCUCUGUUAUUCCCCAGUAAAAUGUAAGAAUAUAUUUUUAUAAACUAUUCAUUGAGUUACUGAGGCAUUUACUAGUCUAUGGAGAGGUUAAUGCAGCUGUGACUUUCUUUUCAGCAGAUUUUCAUUGAGACCGAAUUCUUUUGAUGUUUUCCUUU